AUGCAUGAUGCUGCCCGGUCUGGCUGGAGCUUCAAGCUUCAGGAGCUCGAAGCUUCAAGAUGCACUGGAGGAUCCUCGGUUUUUGACGUCCAGGAUUGCAACUCGCUCAUUGGUGCGUUGGGGCGCAGCUCAGGUUGGAGUCGAGCCCUGCAGUCGUUUAGAAUUUGGAGAAGCAGAUCCAAGGUUAGUAGUUACAAUAGCCUGGUGGCGGCGCAGAGUGGAAAUCAGUGGAGAGAGGCCUUACAGACUUUGGAAGAAGCACGGGAGAGACAAGUCCAGAUUGAUUUAUUUACCUGGACUCCAGUAAUCAAACAUUGCCAAGCUGGUCGCUGGAAAGCUGCCCUAGGUUUCCUGACAGAAGUUCGAUCUUCCGACCUGCGCUUGGACACCAUCAUCUAUGGCGCCACCUUAGAUGCGACCGCUGGUGCGUGGCUCCAGAGCUUGGAACUGUAUCACGAGAUGGGAAUCAGGAGCUGCAAGAGGGACUUCUGGUGCUACCAGCCUUUGUGCCAUGCCUGGCCACAUGCCUUGGGACUCCAGGUAGAUGAAGCUGUCCGGGUUGCUGCCAUGGCAGUUGCCAGAGGUCAUGCAUGGAGACUGGCGCUGUUCUUGCAUCGCCCUACUGGCCCCAUGGCAGUGAACGCGGUCAUGGGGGCGUGUCAGAAAGCUGGAGUUUGGGAGUGGGUUUUGCAGAUCCGCGAGGGUGCCAUCAGGUCUUCCCUGCGCUUGAGCAGCAUCAGCUACUGCUUGGCAAUCUCUGCCACGCAAGGUGUGCAAAGCUUGUGGGUGUCCUCCUUAGCCUUGCACAGUGAGAUGGUAGAGGUGGGACUUGGAAGAAACCACUUCACAGACAGCGCAGUUCUUCCCAGUCUUCCAUGGCACCUCUCCUUGAAGCUACUUGAAGAUAUGCCAUGCAUCGGUGUUCAACGAAACGUGGUGACUCACAGCGCCAGCUUCAAUGGAUUGCCCUGGGCUUUGGCCUUGCAACAGCUACACGCUUUCCCCGCAACACUCAACACCAUUCUCCUCACUGCUGGCGCCAAAGCUGUGAACCAGUGGCAGAGGAGCAGCCUUUGGCUGCUGGAGGCGUACUCCGUUGGUUUGCGCUUGGACAGUGAGGCGCAAACCGCACUGCAUGGCUGGCGGGGUGUGUUCGAGCUGCUUCCCAGGGAUGCUUUGGUGCCGACAACCCGGGGUUAUGCCCUAGUAAUGGGCGAAUGUGAAGAUCGGGGACAGUGGGAGGAGGCCUGGAAACUGCUCAGCCAGAUGGGGCCAGAGCAAGAUGUGAUUUGUUAUAACUCAUUGCUAGCUGCUUGUACUCAAGCGGAAUGCAUCGGAAAAGAAGAGUACUGUAUCAAAUUCGUCGUUCCAGGGUGGGUGGGUGCUUGGUUUGUGGCCUUCAUGGACCUUGGGGAUUCAGAUCCUUGA